AUUUGGCCAAUGUUUUUCAGCAUUUUGUCACUUCCGUCACUUUUUUGACUUAUCCAGUGUUAUACUUCACCUUGAUGACGCAAAAUGACACCCAGGACUUUGGUUCUGCGUUUUUUAUUCAGCGCAAAACUGACAAGAGAAUCUCAGAAACAAUCUCAGUUUUGUCUCUGUCAGCCAGUCGGUUUGUCUGGUAUCCAGGCAGCAGGGAAGAAGCACGUGUUUCUGCUGCCGGUGUUAAACGAAGCAGAUUUAGAGGAACAGUUCGUUCGUGGCUCCGGACCGGGCGGACAAGCCACUAACAAGACCAGUAACUGUGUGGUUUUAAAACAUAUCCCGACUGGUGUAGUUGUAAAGUGUCACGAGACCAGGUCGGUGGAGUUGAACCGGAAGCGUGCACGAGAGAUCCUGCAGGAGAAACUGGACAUUGUUUACAAAGGUGAAGAGAGCGAGUUGCUUAAACAAAAGGAAGAAUCCAGAAUAAGAAAACAAGUGAAGCGAAAGAAAGUAAAUGAAAAUCUGGAAAAAAAGAGACUGUUCAAAAAAACAAUAGCAGAAGAGGAGAGUGGAUGAAGUUUGAUGCAUAGUUUGUAAACUUAUACAGUCAUUCUUAUACUGUGAUGAUAAAAACAGCUAAUGUUUACAGGGCCACAACCACACCCACUGUCAGUUAAUAUACUAUAAACGCUGAAUGAGCAGUACAUUAAUUACUAAUCUCUCAUCUCUUGUCUCUCUACCGCUUUUCUGUUGCAUUUUCUUAAAUUAAACACUAUGGUAAACUUC